AUGGCCUCCGGGCUCUGGAAGAUGGAAGAAGUGAAUGAUGCGCCUCCCCAAUUGUGGGAGCCAAAGAUUGAACAAAAGCUGUCAGCGAUUUGUGUGUUGGAGCAGGCCACUCGCCAGGAGGGGCAGCGAAGGCAUGGCCCAGAUGCGGGUGGUGGACUGCCCUUGAAGGCUGAUCAAUGGACGGCCUUCCCGGAAGGGCCCUUCGCCGGGUCAGAGGACUUCAUAGAGAGUCAAACUUGGCCCUUGACACCUCCGACGCGAGUGUCUAGCGCCUCGUCUCGAGCAGAGGACAUUCCCUGUUUGCGUUCACCCAGCAGCUUCGUGAUACGACAACAGCAGACGCCUGAAGAACGAGGCACGGCAAUUUGCGAGACGCAAGAGGAACUGGUUGAAAAGCUGGUAAAGAUGGCAGCCAUGCAAAUCAACACCUCCAAGGCUCAAUUCGCAGCGUCGUCUGAACGAACGGAUCAGCUCCAGGAAGAGGCCUCAGAAGGAGUUCCACCGAGGAAGGCCGAACGGCAGAUCCUAGGUCCCAGGGUGAAGGUUGGACAACUGGAUCGACUGUGGUCCAAACUCUAUUCGGAGGUGUCCCAAAGAAUGACCUGGCUGACAGCUGACACGAAAGGCAUCAACGACCGCAUGGACCCUGAAUUCAAAAAAAAGCGUCACGCGUGA